CCCGUAACGCGCUUUCUCCGGACCCCACUCUCUGUCUCUUUCUGCUCGCGGCGCUCACAGCCAGAGGUCGGCCCGACGAUCUCCAUCGACGCUCCGCACGGGACUCGGACAACGAAACUCGCGCUCUCCUCCCAUUUGCUGUCGAUCGAGGAUAGUUUCUUCACUUCACUGGAUGAUUGCACUGUCUUGCGGGGGCGGAGCGUCGCAGUCGCGACGGCGAUUGAACGCCGACAACGGCUAGCCGCGAUUGACCCCGAUCGUCGACCGUUUCGUCGCACACGCUUGCCGGUACUUCACUUCCGUUCCCCCGUCGCGCGCGCCGCGUUUCUCCGUCGUUCUCUGUUAAAUUGAUGUCUCAGAAGCGGCAAAAGGAGGAUGGCACUCAUAGCCCCCGGGAUAAGCGUCGUCGGCUUCCUACUUUAAAGCAUGUUAUUUCGGAAGUAAUGAGGGAGCAGCACGUCCAAAAUUUCUUGGAGCAAAUUCUGGAGCCUUUGGUUCGUAGAGUGGUUAAGGAGGAAAUCGAGGUUGCUUUGGGAAAUCAUUUUGCUGCAAUGAGAAGGAGUUGCGGGAAAGAGUUGCAUCCUUCUGAAUCAAGAAGCUUACAGUUACAAUUUUUAAAUGGUCUCUCUCUUCCAGUAUUUACUGGUGCUCGACUUGAGGGUGAUAACGGUUCUAAGAUGAAGGUAGCUCUAGUGGAUGGUUUUACUGGGCAAAUUGUUGAUACUGGCCCUGAAUCAUCUGCCAAUGUAGAAAUUGUAGUUCUUGAGGGAGAUUUUGAUGGAGAUGAAGGCGGCAAGUGGACAGUUGAAGAAUUUGUGAAUAAUAUUGUUAGAGAGAGGGAAGGAAAGAGACCCCUUCUUACAGGGGAUGGAGUUGUGAAACUCAAAAAUGGAGUCGGCUUAGUUGGUGAAAUUGCCUUUUCAGAUAACUCAAGCUGGACAAGGAGCCGCAGGUUCAGACUUGGGGCAAGAGUUAUGGAUAAAUUUGAAGAGAAUAGGAUAAGGGAAGCAAAAACAGAGUCUUUUGUAGUCAAGGAUCACCGGGGAGAAUUGUACAAGAAGCAUCACCCUCCUGCUCUGGUUGACUAUGUGUGGAGAUUAGAGAAGAUUGGCAAAGAUGGAGCUUUUCAUAAGCGUCUCAGUGAGGCUAAUGUCAACACUGUCAAAGAUUUCUUGAUCCUACUCUGUGUUGAUCCUUCAAGGCUCCGAAGUAUUCUAGGUGCUGGUAUGUCUCGAAAAAUGUGGGAAGUUACUGUUGAGCAUGCCCGAACUUGUUCUCUGGACCAGCCAAUUUACUUAUACCGCCCUCCUUCCUCAGAGCCAAAGGCUGGUGUUCUCUUCAACAUCGGAGGGCAAGUGAUGGGAUUACUUUCUGAUGAUGAAUACAUUCCCUCGGAGAAGCUAUCCGAAGCUGAAAAGGCUGAUGACAGCAACAUGGUAAUAUCUGCAAGGCAACACUGGGAGGACGUGGUUUCUUUUGGUGAUGAAGCUUGUCCAACUGGGCUUUUGAAUGCAAACAGCGCUCUUUGCAGCCCGAGCUCACCUGGGACCUCCAGUUCUGGUAGUUUAAGGCUUCGGACGAGGAAUCAGUUUGGUGGAUCUGAUUAUGCACAGCGGCACACGUCUUCACCGAAUACCAUUUCGUCCUUCUUUUCCAUGGAUGAUUAUUCCUUUGAUUCUUUUGACAACGUGGAUCUUAGAUUCAACCAGUCUCCGACUAUAUCUGGUCUAGUUGUCGACCCGCCGAUUCAUGAUCCCGGAUCGUUGAGCCAAAGUAUUCUCGAGGAGGAGCAUCUUCAGUUUUUUGACACACAGUGUCCAGCUCGGAGGAGAUGGAGAAAGCUUUUCAGUGUUUUCAAGUGGUUCUUUAUAAGAAAACUUGUGAUCAAUAAAAAAUCAUGCGCUGCAUCCGGAAUUCAAGAGAAAUUAUGAGGACUCUGGAAGUUUUCCUUAGAUAUAAUCAUACACCUUGUGAUAGAAGGGUUUUUAUUUUAAUUUUAUAGAAGCUUAUUCGAUGCUGCUGUUUUAAAGUGCAAUGCUGCGUUAGCAGAUGUACAGCGGGUGCUUACGAACAUAUAGCCGUGUUUUUGAUUUUCCAGAAUCAAGCUCAUAAUUUUCCUUCGGAAUGCAAAUUCGACAUGGUCGUCGGUGGCGAUGGCUGGCUUAGCUUGGAGCCGCUUUCAUUUGUGUACAUGCUGCUCCUGAUAUUUGCAAGUUCUCAAAAAUUCAAAUUGGAAGAAGAUCAUGGGUGAUUUGUGUCC